CAAGUUCCUAUAUCUCAGUAGUUAUAUAGAUACAUUCAGGAAUUGCAGAGUGAUAUCCAAAGUGAUACAUUCAGGCUUCAGUUUACAAAACAGGACAUAACUGAGGAUGUGAAGGCAUUUUAGAAAGGGGAAAAGUUAUCUUUUAUUUUAUUUUAUUUAUUUAUUUAUUUUGUCACAACAGUAUAUAUAAGCAUAAGCAUAAUCUUGCCUUUUCCCAUUAUCAAUUGUGAGAAAAAAACCGAAUGCAUUUAUUUAUCUUGUCUUUUUGGGUAACCAGUGAGACUUCCAGUAUGCAUGAUGUCAUAAUUAUUUGCAAUUGUUUUGCAGUAGCUGGCCUGCAGACUAUCUUGAUUCUAUGAAAAUAAAUUACAAAUGAGGAAAGCAAUAACAUAUACUACUACCAGUAAACAUAUGCUCUACCCCUAGUAUAUAAAGUGAUGACAUUUAUAUGGGCUAAGAAGGCUGAUGAUGACUUCACAAUCUUUUCUUCCGCAACACAAUACUCAUAGAUGUCAAUUAGGUUUCAUUUUGUAUAUCAGCUAUUGCAGCAGAAGCAGAACUGGAGAGAACUGCGAAUUCUCUUUCUUCUUCAUUGUCAACUUACCCAUAUUUAUCUCUCUUUUAUCUAGUUUAUGCAUGUGGGGCAGGGAGAUUGCACAGAAGAGUCAGGGACAAAGAAAUACUAUCAAUUUUAAUAUUAGUCUUUAUUUGGGAUAUAACAGCCGUAUAAUCUGUAUAAGGAAGAAUUCACAGGGAGUGUCAGAAUGUUGACAGUACUUGUUUGACAUAAAUUUAGAUUUAACUUUAAUUGCAUAGGUGAUUACAGUUAAAUUGCUGCACAUAAGAAAACUAGAAAAAAAUUUUCAGGUUCAGACAGUGACCAAUCUAGUUUAGAAUUUUGUUCUAGCCAGUUUAGUGGGUGGAAUUGCACUUGAGUGGUGAACAACAGUUACAUAUGUUCUUUCCUUUUUUUUCUUCUCUACACAGGACAGUUGAUAGCAAAGAAAACAGUUAAAUGUUUUGAGUGAAAAAUUAAACAUUAACUAAAUACUCUGGGAAGCGGCACCCAGAGGCCCCCUAAAUUCAGUCCUACCACACAUUUUCUACAACUGAUGGUUAUUUUUCCCACUGGGAAAUGAUGCUGGUUGGGAGAAGAAAGGACAACAAGGAACCCAUCAGUAGCUGUUCUGAAGCUGCCCUAUAUUAAAAUUUAGAAAACUGCACCACCACCUAGCUUUUUUGCUUGAGUGUAAUAAACACUCAAUAAUAAUUCAUAAUAAAAUAAAAGUAAUAAAAGGGAUGUGGUGGCUCAGUGGCUAAGAUGCUGAGUUUGUCGAUCGAAAGAUUGGCAGUUCAGCGGUUCGGAUACCUAGUGCCGUGUGACAGGAUGAGCUCCUGUUACUUUUCCCAGUUCAAAAGCACAUAAAAAAUGCAAGUAGAAAAAUAGAGGUGGGAAGGUAACAGUGUUCCUUGCGCUUUUAGCAUUUAGUCAUGCCGGCCACAUGACCACGGAGACAUCUUCGGACAGUGCUGGGUCUUCAGCUUUGAAACGGAGAUGAGCACCGCCCCCUAAAGUCAGGAACGACUAGCAUAUAUGAGCGAGGGGAACCUUUACCUAUAUCUUUAAUAAACAAGUAUAGUGAGAUCACUAUACUUUGCUGUUGACUCCAGCAAAGUGGGUGUCCAAAGGGGUGUCCUUCAUGCACUGGUGUGAUCCCACAUUGUACACUCUAUUUGAUAUACAAUCUGGAACUACAAGCUUGACUAGACCUCAGAUAAGUUUUUCUGAUACAACUGCAUACCUCUGUGCUGUUAUGUCAACAGAGAGACAUCCUUAGCAACUAGCCAUCACUUGCCCUAAUUUAUUGCCUGUGUUGCUAAUGGCUGAAGGAGGAAGAUCUUUCUGUCUCUUUCAUAGUGUCUAUCACUGGCUGGGAGAAAGUUUCUUCCUCCUUCCAUGGUAGCUAUUCUCAAGCUCCUCUCUGUUAACACCAUUAUGAACUUGAGGGUGGUGUUUGGCUGACAAGGAAUGUUUCUCCUUGAACAAGUCUCAGCCUGAACUGAAGGCCUACCACCCCAAUGCAUCAGUGCCUCUCAAUGAAGCUUUUGCCUAGAAGCAAGUUUUAUACAUGGUUGCAAGAGCUUGCAAAACCAAAGCCAACCAAAGAAGUAUGGAACUUUCAUCCCAAGUUAAUCUGGGGAAAUCAAGAAACAAUAUGGCCCCUCCCUUCAAGGAGUUUGUUGAGACAGCCCAGCUCAAGAAUCCUGACUCUAGCAAGGCCAAAGGAAACAGUUGAUAAACAGAUGAGAUCCCUCUACUUGUACAGCUGUGGACAAACGUCAGAGAUUUGGAAACGUUCUUCAACAGUGUAUUCUGCGUUGCCAUCAAAGCGAUUGCUGAAGCUAGCAGAACCCAGGCCAAUUUCUGCAACUUAUCUGAAACUAAGGCCACGAAUUUCCCCUGUGUGGCCUAUCAGCUCCUCGGCACUUUGUUGCAAAGCUUCCACCCGGAUUUUGACCCUUGCUCAAGCGAGAAGUAUCCAUCCAAACUUUAAAUUUCCAGAACAGUCUGAAAGAGAGAUUUCAAAGGCUGCAAGAAGAGCUGAGGCUACUCCAAGAUUACAGCAACUUGCCCAGCCAGUAGUUAGGAAACAAAUACAGUUCUAUGAAAAUACAAGCAUGGAGGCCCCAAUCCGCCAAAUACCCCUGACUGCUCUGCAAGCAGUCCCAAGUCCAAGGCUACUUGAACUAGCUAGACCAAAAGUAAUCCCUUGUGAGAGUGCCAUGGAUCGUUCCCCUGAGUGGCCUGUGUCAGCAGCAGCCAAGCAGGCAGUAGCGUCUCCUCGACUCACGGAACUCUCUCACUCUCCCAACAGGGCCCCAACCAACCUCGUGCAGUUUAAUCCAGAUGCCUUUAUUGUAAAGGAGUCUGCUAAGAAAGCAAUUUGUACAGAAAGAAUCAAGAAUUUAGCACAACCAAUUACUCGUUGAUCACACUGAUCACUCACAUCUAGCUCUAUGUGGCAUUUUCAAUAAAUUAAAGCAACUAUAGUGGCAUGCUUUGUCUACUUCUUGUACUGUUGUGUUUGACUUCCACAAGUGCUUAAUAACAUCUGAAAAGUAACAUCAGUUUAACUAACAACACAAUUAUUCAUGUUUAAGCAGGAGCCUGACUUUUAAAUAUUAAUAUUUGAUUUGUAUUUUCUCCUGAUCCAAUGUCAUCCCACAACUAACAAUAGAAUUUAAGUUUAGAUAAAAAUCAAUAUACAGCAAAAAGCAGAGCAAUGAUAAAAGAAAAACAGAAUUAAAAAUAAUGCUAUAGAACAGUACAUAAAUAAAAUGUUAAUAUCCUUAGAACAGAAAGAAUGAAACAGUAUAAUAAAAAGUUAAACCCAGAUAUUUAGAGCCUAUGCCAGAAAUUCCAAAAAGCUUGCCUUUGCUUUGGGCUUUUAUGGAACUAAUAUUUUCUGCUCCUCAAAAAAUAAGGGAGGGGGCCAAUUCUGGAGACAUCUAGAGAUAGUUUUCAACCAAUGCAACAACAUUCACAAUUGAAGGGAUCUGGAUAGCACUAGCUUUUGGAAGUAUCAGCAAUAUAAUUCACCACGGCGAUGGAAAAAGUGGUAAGAUUUAGUUCAGAAGUAUGGUAUACUUCUUUUUUCUUCUGUUAAAACAUGGGUCUGUUUCUCAGGGACCAUCUAGACAAGUCUCUGCAAUUUUCUUGGCAAGGUGUUUCAGAAGUGUUUUGCCAUUACCUCCUUCCUAGGGUGGACAUAAAGUGACUGGCCCAAGGUUACCAAGCUGGCUAUGUGCCUAAGGCUAGAACUAGAACUCACAGUCUCCUGGUUUCUAGCCUGAUGUUUUAACAACAACACUGAACUGGCUCUCAUUGUAUAGACCAUAAGCCAAUUAAAUAAUUGUAAAUGUGUGUAAUUCUGUUUCCCCCUUACAAAGAGAGGGCCGUUACUAACUUGUGCACUGAAGAAGCAAAACUGUCUAUUGUGUAGAACCAAAAGAUUCUAGGCAUCUCCAAAGUUCUUAAUAGUGCUCUGCCAUUUUCCACAUGAUUUUAUUGCUACUGAACUUGACAAUCCAACCUUCUCCAGUAACACAUUAUAUUUAAUAUUAUUUGCAUUCAUAGGAUUAAGAGUGCAUACCUAUAACCUCACUACAGCAGCUGCAUGAAAUGCCUGGCAUCUGUGUUACAUCCAUAUGAUGCAAUUGAAAUAAUACACAACCUUUAGAAAGUCCUUGCCUUCAUCACUCUUAAGUGCUCAUUAGGCAACUACCUCCCACUCACCCCCCAAUCUGGAAGGCACAAAGCAGGUUGGACAUUUCAUAUUCUCUCUCCCUGCAAUCUCCUGGUUUGAAAUAGUAAUUUAGCAUGCUGGUAAUGUUACCCUGUAGCCUGGAAUGUAUUAUUAUGAAGAUGCCCUCUCAUUCAUCCCUGCUGAAUUGCCUUUAGAUAUGGCAACAGCAACAGUAUAGAAAAAUAUCUUCCCUUUCCAUCUCAUCCAUUACUUUCAUACUGUUGUGGUCCGCCAGCAGCCAAUGGAGCUAGCAGCGGAGUCAGACAGUGAGAAGGCUGGGGAGGACAAUGGGCCAGUCCUGGAGUCAGGGGAAGGCCCGGAUGAGGGUUCUGCCUCGGAGGCAGAGAUGGGGCCAGGGCCAUCUGGGAGCGAUGCAUGGACUCUGGAGCCUCCAGAGGUAGACAGCAGAGAGGCAGAGGAACAGGAGGAUCCUGUUCCUAGUGCACACAUGUGAAGAGCUGCCAGAAGACAAGAGCAGCUAAAGUAAAAAGGACGACUUGGGAGUAAGGCCAGGAGAUGAUUGGCCACUCCCAUAAGGUUUAAAAGAGCAGCAAUGGCUCUUGGGUUCUUUGUAGGAAAGCAACAUUGCUACAAUUGUUUCUUGUUUCCUGUUCUGAAGUUCCUGGGGUUCUUGCCAAGAAAAGCCUUUGGCAGAAUGCCAAAGAAGACAAAGGUUUGUGAUAAGGCUGAAGGACUUUUUAUGAAGGACUUCGUUUUAGACUUAAUUUGGACUAUGAGAGAAUGAAGUAAUUCUCAGCUGUUCUAAUAAAAUAUGUUUGUUUAGGAUCGAUUGUGUCUGGUAAUAACUACUGGGCCUGGGUCACAACACAUACAUGGAAUGGAGUUUGGUUAUCUACAUUUCUCACGUUCCCCAGUGUUUGCGACACUAUUAACAAUUUCUCAAGUGCUGUGGAAAUGUAGCUAUGAUAUACUGAACUCAUAAUUACCAAGUCUGAAUAAUUUCCAGGUUUGCGCUGGUGAAUGGAAAGAAAGGAAGAUUUGCUUACACAAUAAGUAUUCUUGUAGAAGAAUAGAGAAAAGAGUUCCUGCUCACAAUAGAAUACCUUAUGCCACGAGGCUUGAAAUUUUGCGCUUGGACAACCUUGAACUAGGCUGCCUACAGUCUGACCUAAGCAUAGUACACAAAAUUGUCUGCUACAACAUCUUACCUCUCAACAACUACUUCAGUUUCAACCACAACAAUACACAGGCAAACAAUAGAUGCAAACUCAAGGUAAACAAACCGCUCCAAACUCGAUUGCAGAAAAUAUGACUUCGGCAACAGAGUGGUCAACGCCUGGAAUGCUCUACCUGGAAUGCUCUACUCCAUUGUUACUUCCUCAAACCUCCAUAGCUUUAACCUUAAACUGUCUACCAUGGACCUCACCCCAUUCCUAAGAGGUCUGUAAGGGGGCGUGCAUAAGAGCACCAGCACGCCUAAUGUCCCUGUCCUACUGUCCCCAUUUAUUUGUACUCAUGUUUAUUUGUUUAUUUUAUUUUAUUUAUUUAUUUUCAUCGAGCAUGUAUUUUAUGACAGAUACAAGUGUAAACAUAAUUAUAAACACAUGUAAAGGAUAUGAAUAAAAGAAAACAUUAGGACAGGGACGGCAGGCACACUGGUGCGCUUCAUGUCCAUGUUUAUACUUAGACCUGCUAUCUCGUACAUGUUUGACAAACUAAAUAAAAUAAAUAAAUAAAAUUCAAUUCACUAUUUUUCUGUGCUGUGUCGUGCAGGAUUGUAAACUACAUUAAUUUCCCAACCUUAUGAUCUUUAGCCAUGUUGAGAUGGACUAUAUAUGUAGCAACAAUCACGGAGCAAUUCAAGAUCACACUCCCUAUUCUCUGAGCUGGCAAGGUUGAAGCAAACAUAGUUGCCUUGCAGCUGCAGCAGUCAAAAGAGAACCUGGAAUCUAAUAUGAAUAGCACCGACGAUUGCAGUGCAGUACUCCAAGUCAAAAGACUUGAAUUAAAAAAAAAGAGUUCUGAGUCAGAACAGCUAAUACUUUCUCCAGAACAGUUGCAGAAUGUAAACUCUCAGUAUGAGGAGGAGAGAACUUUGCAACUUCAGCCACUCAAAGGCUCGAGGCUGAUACAGAAGCCAAACUAUGAAAUAAUUGUUAGGAAGUUAUAUGAAAUAAAUGAACAGCUAAUGCAAUUGGAUAGGAGAUUUCAGGUCAGCAGCAGAGAAGUAAAGGUUUUUGUCUCGGUAGGAUUGUGAGCAAUAUGAUGAAGGCAAAACCUAACCUCUGGGAAAUUUCCCAGAAAAGGAUAUAGUUGGUUCAAGAGAACGAAACCCAUGGCUGAAGAGAGAGAAAGAUAACUGUAAUGGGCUGUGAGAAUAACCUUGAGGAACAGGAGGAAGAGCUGCAGCCAAGCCAAUGGCCAGUGAAUGAGUCAUCAGAAAUGGAAUUUGGGAAAGCUUGACCCUCCCUAGUUCUCUUUAGGAUAGAGGCAGAGAGGGGUAAGGCACAUUCAGAGGUGUAAAAUUCUGUUAUUGUAACUCUAUAACAAUAACUUUAGCAUUCAUGAUGUUGGAGUUCCAAGUGUGGUCAACCUCAAAGGGCUGACAAUAACUCAGGACCUUGGGAUGAGUCAUUAACCUGGAAGAACAAAACAUGCACUAUUGAACUCCUGCCAUAAGAUCAAACAACAACACCGAAGGUUGUAUUGUUAUUUAUUUAUUAGCUUAUUUAUAAAUGGCCCAGCUCAUGAUUGUCCAAUUAAUCACUGACUCUGGGUGACAUACAAGGUUUAAAACAACAAUCCAAUUCAAUAGAAUAACAUUCCCAUCUCUCAAAAAGAUGUUCCUAAUGAAGAACAUACAGUACAUAGACCAUAAAUGUGCAAAACCAAUCCCAUAGUAGACAUACCCACACCACUCAAGUC